CUCGGCUACCGAAAGCUCAAAAACCAUCUCACUUUUAGAAUUCUGCCACGCCGUUCUAGUAAAGCCUGUGUCGACAGCAGUCUUCGGAAAUGUAUUGUAUGAAGUCGAACCCAAGCUGAGUGAAAUCUUUCGAAAUUUUGAUGACAACAGCUGGAAGAUGAAUUAUGAGCUUCCUCGACUUGUAGCGCCAGAUGUUUACGCUGCGAAAGAUGAGAUUCGGGCGGCAAUAUUACGUUAUAUCAAACUCCCCAGCGACACUCGACAAGAUGCCGCUUGGAUCAUUCAUGCUUUGGAGGAUGAACUCAGAAGCGCAGGCAUAAGCGAGGAAGAUAUCGCUUCUUUCUUUUUUGGGCCAUUCUGGACGUAAGUGACUUGUAGCUUAUAUAACUCACGGUAUAUACACUAAUAUCUCAAUUCAAGUAUCAAUGGAAAUGCAUAUAAACACCUAUUCUGGGUUCUAUCCUACAUUCUUUUCGGCCCCCAACUACACGCCACAAUAAAAGAAGUCUCGCCCGCAGUAGCAGCCGGCAUGGUCGGUCUCGACAGCCGUCUCGAGUCGUGUCCCCAUCUCAUAGCUCUCUACCAAGAAGUUCUCCGCGUCACAACAUCUUCAGUAACCGUCCGUGACGUCUUAUCGACACCAAAAUGGGCAAAGUAACAUUACGAAAAGGCGCCAAAGCAUUCGCACCAACGCGCCAACUACAUUUCGAUUCUCUCAUAUUCGGCGAUCAUUCUGAAGACUUCGAUGCUGGACGCUUCCUAAGAAAUAAGGAGCUUAGCAAGAGUGGCAGUUUCCGACCUUUCGGUGGAGGGAUUACGCAUUGUCCUGGUCGGUGGCUUGCUAUGAAGGAGAUUCUUGUUUGUGUUGCGUUGGUCCUUACACGUUUUGAGGUGGAUUUGGUUAGUGGUCAGGAUUUCCCAAAGAUUGAUACUAAAAUGCUUGCUUUGGGUGUUCUGCCUCCAGUGAAGGGGGAGGAUGUUCUGGUUACGCUUAGGAAGAAGUAA